AUGCAGGACGCCUGGACUGCUCGCAAAGCUGAGGAGAUUCAAGGAUACGCGGACCGUAACGAAUGGAAGAACUUCUUCUCUGCGAUCAAAGCUGUCUACGGUCCGCCGACGAAGGGCAAUACUCCUCUCCUCAGCGCCGACGGUAGCACUCUCCUGACUGAGAAGACAAAAAUUAUACAGCGAUGGGCCGAGAAUUUCCGAGGCGUCAUCAAACGCCCCUCCGCCAUCUCCGACGCCGCCAUCGAGCGUUUGCCGCAUGUGGAGACCAACAUGAACCUCGACCUUCCGCCAUCUCUCCAGGAAACCAUCAGGGCUGUGCAGCAGCUCUCCCGGAUCGGACGCAAUCCCUGCUGA